UCCAAUCACCCUGCCAAGAGGAAGGCGGCUUGAUAUUUGAUAUUUUUAUUAUUAUUAUUAAAUGCACUUGAAUUGCUCAUGUUUCACACUGCAACAGACUGACAAGGACGAUUCACUGACUUCUUCACUUCGACUGCUUGCGAUUGUAUUCGUCACGUCAAAAAAAAAUACAGCAGUAUUCUAUCAGUGUGCUAAAAGUCUACCCUGCAGGAGUUGAUUUUGUUCCCACUCUCCUGGGCUAAAUCCACGCUGCCGUGACUCGUGACCCUUCCCAGACGUCUUACAUAAGGAGCUUGAUAAGGAAGGCGCACGACCCCGUGCUCCGUUCCUGCAGGUCAGGCCUGGAUUAUUUUCUGUCCAUGCACAUUUCUGGUGGAAGAUGCGUUACAAAGGAGUCGAUAGAAUAGAAAACUACAGCUGAGAUUUUUUUUCAUUUUUAUUUUUUUGCAAACGUACAAUGCAUACAAUUAUGUUUGCAAGACGUAGAGUACGAGGUCCUGUUUGUAGUUUUAAAUCCACGCGUAACCUCGUGUAAACCGCACGCCGCGUGCUGAGGUUUCUGCGCGACUGGGGACGGAGGUCCACGUGACGGGGGGGGGGGGGGGGGGGGGGUGCGGAGAUUGGCUCCGUGCGGCUGUGACGUCAUCAACCCAGAGCUUCCCUCCCACCGCCUUCCUCUCAGUCUUCCUCGCUCUCCUUAUGGCUGCCUUCUCCCUUUGCCUUUCCCCAGCAUGUCUGCUCUAAGGGAUGGCGUGCGUGGGUGGGUGACUUCCAGGACUGAGCCCCUUUUUUCUUCCAGGAUUUGCUGAAUAUCCCCACAGCGGCUGUCGUGCAACCCCCCCAUAUCCAUCCAUCUCUAUACACACAAACGUAUACGGGAGUUGGUCCUCAGGGGGGGGGGGGGGGGGAAGUCGACCUCAGCGCGCAAAUGGCCGUGCCCUGCCCCGUCAUCCUUUGAGCAGCUGGAAUCGUCCUCCGCUUCCGUCCAUCCCCACGCCAGCGGCACUUAGAGGAUGAGAAUCUGCAACCAUGAUGCAAGGACUGAAAAAACGAACCAGGAAAGCGUUGGGCUUACGAAGGAAAGACAAGGACGCAGAGACCACGAGCUCACCUGACAAAGAAGGAACCGGAAGUGGAAAGAAAGGACAGAAAAAGGCUACUAAUGGCGCACCCAACGGUUUCUGUGGGCAAUUUGACUGGGACAGAUAUGCGUCUCCUGAUGUGGACGAGGAGGGAUUUAGCCAACGUCCUGGCGACCAAGGUAACGCAGCUUCCGCGGGGAAGCAGUUUUUCUCCUCCAGCGAGUCCGAGGACGAUGAAGAAGUCAAGAAAAAGUUCCAAAUCAAGAUCAAACCGCUGGCGGCCGAGAGCGCCAAGUGCGUCGCUCCGUCCGUGGAUGAGCUCAAAGCCUCGGUGGGAGGUUUGGCGCUCUCUCCGUCUCUGAAGAGAAGUCCGAGACGCAGCCUGGGCCAGAUAAAGCGCCACCUGUCAUGUGAAGAGAUCGCUCGGCCCAGACGUUCUACCCCCACGCCGGGUCCCGCCCCUGACGCCCCGAGUGAGCGGCUGGCGCAGAACAUCCCCGCCUUCUUCGGACAUCCCUCGGAGACGCAAUAUGCGAGAUAUGACGUGGUCCCUGCCGACGUCUGGGGAGGAUCGAGGCCAAAGUUGGAGUCGCUUUUGAGCAGAAGUUUCCCGACAGGAGCUCCUCCUCCGCUGCCUCCCAAAACCGUCGUGUCACGCAGUCAAGGCUACCCUUCGCACUGCGCUGUGGAUUUACCCAACGGAAGAGCAACCCGCAGUUCUGCCCCCAUCUACCUGAACAUCCUGUCCCCCUCUUCGUACCGAGGGUCCCCCGCCCCUGACCUGGACGACGUCUUCGGCCCGCGCGCCGACGAGCUCAGCGUCUCCAGCGCCGGGUGGGUCACUUUUACAAACGACAGACCCCCGCCGCCAGAUGAGCCGGCGCCGCCCCCUCCGCCCGACUCCCCCGCCCCGGACACGCCCUCGUCCACGCCCUCCACCCCGUACCUCUCGCCCGGACCGCCUCCCGUCGACCCCCCGCCUUCGCCUCCGAUGUUCUCGACUGAGUCUUUCACGCCGCUGGACUCGCCGCCUUCCAUCACGCUGGGACCUCCCCCCCCGGAUGAACCGGCCCCUCCCCUGCCACCUUACUUCACCCCCACCAGUUCACCGGCGGUCUGCCUUGAAGAAGAGCCAAUCGAUGAGGAGGUGCUGCAGUUUGCACGUUACGCACCCUCUCAAGUGUCAAUCAGUCCCGUCCCUCCUCUGCCGGCGGAGAGAAGGUCCCCUCGAGCGGGAGUCAUAUCGCCCCUGCUUUUGGGGGCCUUGGGGGGCAAAUGGACUCCAGAGGGAGGGAACCUGAGGGACGACAUCUCAGACUUGACCGGUUCACCGAGAGAGCUAACGCCGAGCUUCCGAGGAACGCCGCCUCCUCUUCCUCCGACCACGUACCGAUCGAUAAUGUCUUCCCCGGGGCCUUCCUCAGGUCCGUCUUCGCCAGCCCGUUCUGCCACGCCGCAGUCUCAAGACAGUCCGGUCCCUCCCCCUCCUCCCCCGCGGCCUUCCUCCCGACCGAAGUUGCCCCCAGGAAAAGCGGUCCAAGACCUGACCGGAUCCUUCAGUCCUCCGGUGUCGGGGAGCCCUCCACCUUUCGCUCCACUGGCUCGGGCAGAGAGCUCUUCGUCCAUCUCCUCCAUAACGUCACAAAGCGCGGCGUCCACGCCGACUUUAGGCAGGGACCUCAACUUAUCCAACACAGGAUGCUCAAGAGGCCCCAGCCCCCUUACCAUGGGACCCCAGGACACUCUGCCAGUUGCCGCUGCCUUCACAGAAACCAUCAACGCGUAUUUCAAAGGCGCCGACCCCAGCAAGUGCGUGGUGAAGAUCACAGGAGAAUUAGUUCUCUCCUUCCCUGCCGGCAUCACCAGGCAUUUCGCCAGUCACCCGACUCAACCCGUCCUCAUCUUUAGCAUCAGCAACUACACCCGACUGGAGCAGGUCCUCCCCAAUCCGCAGCUGCUCUGCUGCGAUUCCCCGACAGACAGUCUGGACACCAAGGAGUUCCGGGUGAAUAUGCAAAACCUGAUGAGUCAUCUUAAGAAAGUGGCUGAGCAGAAACCACAGGCAACAUAUUACAAUGUGGAUAUGAUCAAAUAUCAGGUUUCCGCAGACGGGAUCCAGUCCACUCCUCUCAAUCUCGCCGUGAGUUGGCGCAGCGACGCCAACACCGCCGACCUCCGAAUCGACUACAAAUACAACACGGAGGCGAUGGCAAGUCCAAGCCCGCUUCACAACGUCUACUUUCUGGUUCCCGUGGACGGAGGCGUAGCCAAGCUCCAGGCGAUGGUCCCACCCGCCACCUGGAAUCCGGAGCAGCAGAUGAUACAAUGGAAGAUUUCCAGCCUUUCUCAUCGGUCCGAAAACGGAGGGGUGGGCGCCCUCCUGGGCCGCUUCCAGAUGACGGCGGGCCCGUGCAAACCCUCGCAGCUGGCGGUCCACUUCACCAGCGAGGGCAGCACAAUGUCCGGUUGCGAUAUCCAACUGCUCGGAACCGGCUACAGGCUGUCGCUGAUUAAGAAAAGAUUCGCCGCAGGGAAAUACGUGGCAGAUAAUUAGUGGCGCGCAAGCAGGGGAACCCGUGCGCUGAGACUGUGAAGACAAGGAACCCGUCCUCCCUUUGGUGUAUUUGAAAAGUCAGUGGAAAUACGACUGAUGAGCGUAUGCAAAAAUAUUUACUUUGGCACUUUUGAGCCCUGAAAGAGUGAAAUCCCAAUUUACACCCGGAACUUUCAUAGUGGGUCCAAACAGUCUCGCAGUUCAACGAAACCGACUUUUGUCUUACUUGCCAUUUUAAUUGUACAGUAAAAUAUUAGAGAUUAUAUAUUACGACCACAGUCGUCAUGUGGAAAAUGUGUAAACAAAAGUAUGAUCGUGUUACUUUCCCAUGGAAUGAUAUGAUAAUAAUGAUAAUUAGAGAUUGCUAUUGAUCUGCGAUUGGCUGGCGACCAGUUCAGGGUGUACCCGCCUCUCGUCCGGAGAUAGCUGGGAUGGGCUCCAGCACGCCCGCGGCCCGCUUGUGGGGGCGUGACGGAAGAUGAGUGAAUGCGUGAAUUCUUCUUGAUGUCAUUUUGCAUCCCUCCGCCAUUCCCAUUUGCUUUGAAUGGUUUAUCUUUUGUCACGUGCCAUCGGUGCGGGGGAGGACCCAAAUGCAGGACUCCGAGACAAAGGCAUAAUGUCCAGUGGGUUUUGUCGCAGAAGUAGUGUCCGCACACGGUAACACAGUGCAAACUCAGUGAACUGGCAAAUGCCCGUGACGUAAACUCCAACAUAAAUAGAUGAUUAAUUAACGACAACAGCUGUGACGAGCGCCAGAGGUGGCACCGCUGAGAGCGGUGACCAGGCCACGCCCCUCCUGGCAGUGCUCCAGCCCCGCCCAUGACAUCUUUGUCAUAUUUUUCUGUAUGCAGCCUUGGAAACGGCACUGCAAAAAAAAAAAAAAACAACAACUGCGUUUGCGGCUUUACAUUUCAUCGUUUUUUUUCUUUAUUUGUACGUCAAACUUGCACUUGCUCACAACGGAGAAAUUCAAUCUGACUAAAAUUGGCUUGAUUUAUCAUAAGGAUGCUUCUUUUGUGUCAAAAAUGAAAUAAUAAUAAUAAAAUAAGCACAUGCAUUAUCGCUACGUACAAAAAAAAAAAAAAUUCCUGCGCUCAAUCUGAAUUGUAGUGGUGGCCAGAAUUGUUUGCCACUCAUUUUAAAGGGUUGCAUGGACAAAAAGUGGAGAUUGGCAGUCGGAUCAGCUGCAUCAGAUGACAAAAAAAAUAUAAUUUUAACACUGUGGGGCACGUGCAAUGAGAUAAAAAAAAGGAAGAACUUUGGCUGCUUGUGAUCGAUGAAAAGCUUCUUUUUCACUUUGUGUUUCUUGUCUGAUUGAGCCUUAAGAUCUACAAAGGGUAGUGCCAAAAAAAAAAAAAAAAAAAGAAGAAAA